AUGGCCUCAAGCGCCGGGGAGACCUUCACGCCGGUAUAUACAUCAACGGGAUGGAGAGAUAAUGUAAAGGAUCUUGUGGCAGGGGCGGUGGGCGGAGCUGCUCAAGUGGUGAUCGGACAGCCGUUUGACCUCGUCAAAGUCCGCCUUCAAACGCAAGGAGGCAGUGCACUCUCCUUAACCCGACAAAUCUGGCAAAGAGAAGGCCCAUUGGCAUUUUACAAGGGCUCACUCCUCCCCCUGCUAGGCGUCGGAGCAUGCGUCAGCAUCCAAUUCAGCGCCUUCCACUUCUUCCAACACCAACUCACAUCCCCCAACCAUCGAACCCGCCCCACCCUCCCCCAAACCUACCUCUCCGGCGCCCUCGCCGGCCUAACCAACAGCAUCCUCUCCGGCCCCAUCGAACACAUCCGCAUCCGCCUCCAAACCCAGCCCACCACCCCAACCCCCCUCUACACCGGCCCCUUGCACUGCGCCCAAACCCUCCUCCGCAAAGGCGGCCUCCCCGCCCUCUACCGCGGGCAAACCGCCACCCUCCUCCGCGAAGGCCACGGCAUCGGAGUCUGGUUCGCCACCUACGAGUACUCUCUCUCCCUGGCCGCGAAGAAACAAUCCCUGACGCGCGAGUCGCUGCCGAAUUGGCAGAUCGCGCUGUGUGGCGCCCUCGCGGGCGAGAUGUUAUGGUUGUUGAGUCAUCCGAUUGAUGUCGUGAAGAGUCGGAUGCAGAGUGAUGGGAUUGGAAAGGAGCAGAGGUAUAGGUCGUUUCGGGAGGCGUGGGGGGUUGCGGUGAGGGGUGGGAGAGGAGGGGUUUGGGGGGGGUUGGGCACGGCGUUGUUGAGGGCGGGGCCGGUUUCGGCGGGGACGUUUGUUGUGUGA